GAACGGAGGUAAUAUAAGAUAUCAAACCAUUCACAAAAGUGAUACUCCAUAUGUGGCCUCGUUUUUAGGACUCGAAUCCGGGAAAAAUGUGUGUUCCUAUGAAUAAGCUUGCGUUCCACUUUCGAAGUUGGAAGAAUGGUCCCACUGUCGACCGACGAUCAAUUCAGGGGGAAAAUUCUGUGAGCAAAAGAAUAUCGUUGCGUUGUGUAUGGAAAGAGUAGAGGAAAGGAUAAGUUUAUGGAUCGAGUAAAGGAUUAGCAGUAACGAUACGCAUGCGGUUUACCGAUUUGGGUGAUAGAGAGGGACAUGGGGAAGGGGAAAUUCUCGCUGCGGAGGAAGAAGAAGGGGGUGGCGGGGACGCCACAGAGGCCGCCACGUGCAACAGAUCACUCAUCUGGACACGGGAGCGGGAAUUUGAUUGCGCCGAAUGUGGGGGCGAGCAAGACGGCGAAGAAGAAGGCAGGUGGCUCAAGGCUGUGGAUGAGAUUUGAUAGGAUGGGGCAAUCGGAGCUGAUGGAGUGCGACAAGAGUUCAAUCAUCAAGCGCGCCUCCGUUCCUACUAGGGACUUGAGGAUCCUUGGCCCAAUAUUCUCUCAAUCCUCCAGCAUCCUCGCUAGGGAGAAGGCUAUGGUUAUUAACUUGGAGUUUGUAAGAGGUAUAGUUACUGCCGAAGAGCUGUUGUUGCUCGAUCCUCUGCGUCAAGAGGUUCUUCCUUUUAUUGAUCAGCUGAGACACCAAUUACCUCAGAAGAGUUCUUCAAAGAAGACAAAUGGAACAAAUGAUGUACAAGAGGAUGACUUGCAAUUUCCAGGUGCUGGAAAAUGGCUACAAGAAACUGUUGAAGGAGGACUGCAAGCUGAACAACUUCCAUUUGAGUUCCAGGUGCUGGAGGUUGCAUUAGAAGUUGUGUGUAUGUAUCUCGAUUCUAAUGUGGCGGAACUUGAGAGAGAUGCUUAUCCUGUUCUUGAUGAACUUGCCAUGAGUGUUAGCACAAGGAACCUUGAACAUGUUAGGAGCUUAAAAAGCAACCUUACGCGUUUGCUAGCACGUGUACAAAAGGUCAGAGAUGAGAUUGAGCACCUUUUGGAUGAUAAUGAAGACAUGGCCCAGUUGUACUUAAGUAGGAAAUCGAUUCAGAAUCAACAAUCUGAAGCAAUGCUAAUGGGAACUGCCACUACGGGUUCAAAUGCCAUUACUCCCAUGGUGCCAAAUUUCAGAAGGUUAGGUUCCACCAGGAGUGGAAGCUUAGUGAGCAACUGCUUAGAUGAUGACGUGGAAGAUCUUGAAAUGUUGCUGGAGGCUUACUUCAUGCAGUUGGAAGGCACACGUAAUAAAAUAUUAUCUGUGCGCGAAUACAUAGAUGACACAGAGGACUAUGUCAACAUCCAAUUAGACAAUCAGCGGAAUGAACUGAUUCAACUGCAGCUCAUAUUGACCAUUGCAUCCUUUGCCAUAGCCGUGGAGACCCUUGUAGCGGGUUGGUUUGGCAUGAACAUCCCUUGUACCCUAUACAACAUACAAGGGGUAUUUUGGCCAUUUGUUGCCGGUAUCACAAUUGCUUGUAUCAUUCUCUUCUUCAUUGUCCUAGGCUAUGCCAGAUGGAAAAAGCUGCUUGGAUCAUAAAUUUGGUUCCUUCAUUCAUCUCUUAUUUCUUUCUUUUUCUUUUAUGUGUUUGUAUUAUAUAUGAAAUAAUGACAUGAGUAAUACAAUCAGCUUUUAAAUGGACAAAUGUAGGACCAUUUUUAUUUGGGACAAAGAACUAACCGAAAAUGAUAGCCAUUAG